UAGAAUUCCUAUUUUGCCCUCCUCUCUCUCUCCCUCCCCCUCUCUCUCUCUCUCUUCUCCUCGUUCGCUAACAACUCCUUGAUCCAUCCCUCCAUUCGUGGACCUCAUCAUCGUCAUCGUCGUCGUCGUCGUCGUCGUCGUCGUCUCGCGUUCGAUCGCCCUCCGGUUCUUCGGGACGAAUCCCGAUCGAUUGAGGGUUUCUGGGAAUUAGGGUUUGUUGGGAGAUCGCUUGGCGGAUUGAGGCGGGAUCUCUCGACUGAUCUUAUCAAUUUGGGGCUGAUCCGGGCUUGAUUGUGUCUAGGAAGGAUGGAUUGGAGGGUUUGAGUGGGAGAUUAUAGAGGUUGUGGGAAGGGAGAGUGGGAGAUUGACUAAUCAUGGGAGGUAGUGAGACCGAUUCUCCGGCCAAGGCUCCGAAGAACUCUUCGGCUCAGGAACAACAACCGGUCACUACCUCUGCGUCGGUCGCCCCUGUAUACCCUGACUGGUCUAGUUUUCAGGCGUACUCGCCGAUCCCACCAGGGUUCUUUCACUCACCCGUAGCAUCGAGUCCCCAGGCUCAUCCUUACAUGUGGGGAGCUCAGCACAUGAUGCCCCCUUAUGGAACACCAACACCGUAUGUCAUGUAUCCUCCAGGAGGGCUGUAUGCUCAUCCUUCAAUGCCUCCGGGAACACAUCCAUUCAGCCCUUAUGCCAUGCCUCCUUCAAAUGGAAAUGCUGAUGUUCCUGGAACCACUCCUGGCAGUUCAGAUGGAAAAUCUUCUGAAGGCAAGGAAAAAAGCCCCCUGAAAAGAUCCAAAGGGAGUUUAGGAAGCUUGAAUAUGAUUACAGGAAAGAACAAUAAUGACCCCGGUAAAACAUCUGGAGUAUCAGCAAAUGGAGUCUUCUCUCAAAGUGGUGAAAGUGGAAGUGACAGUUCAAGUGAAGGAAGCGACGCCAACUCUCAGAAUGAUUCGCAGCCAAAGACAGGAGGCGGAGAGGAGUCCUUCGAUGUAGAAAACCCCCAGAGUGGAAACCGUGCACAUGGUUCUCAGAAUGGCGUGACCCGUUCGCCAUCACAAGGGAUGUUGAAUCAAACUAUGCCUAUGAUGCCGAUGCCGGUAGGGGGACCCACUACUAACUUAAAUAUCGGCAUGGAUUACUGGGGUCCUCCAACUUCAGCGGCUCUUCCUCUUAUACGUGGCAAGGUACCGACCACUGCUGUCGGAGGAGCUGUGGUUCCAGCUGAGCAUUUGAUUCAGGAUGAAAGAGAAUUGAAAAGGCAGAGAAGAAAGCAAUCCAACAGGGAAUCUGCUCGUAGAUCAAGAUUGCGCAAGCAGGCUGAAUGUGAGGAGCUUGCUCAACGUGCUGACUCUUUAAAGGAGGAAAAUGCUUCCCUUAGAGCGGAGUUAAGCCGGCUUCGGAAGGAGUAUGAUGAACUUCUUUCUCAGAACACCUCUCUUAAGGAAAAAUUGGGGGAGAUGGGAGGAAGAAAAACUGAUGAUCCGAGAGUCGACAGAAACGAACAAAAUUCUGGUUAUAAUAACCAUAAAGAACUCUCUGAAUCUGAUGCCCAAAUUGGGAAAGCAAGCCAACCUUAAGCAGUCUCUAUCACCAUCAUGACCCUAACUAAACUAUUGGCACAUCCAGACUUAUGCGAUGCAGAAUAUUGAUAAUUAUUAUUUGCUACAGUUAAUUAUUACUAGGUAGCUAGCUAUGUGUGUCGAUACUGACCGUUCUAGAGUGGUCCUGUUUUAACAUGUCUUGGCUUAUCUUUUAACAGUCAAGCUCAAGCAGGAAGCGUAGUGCUGUGUCCUGAUUUUAUGUUAUUAUUUUCUCAUCUUAACUACUUGUAUGCUGUGACAGAUUGAUGCUUUCUAUACCCUAUGGGAAACUAAGUUAUUGUUAGUAUAGUACUUUUUAUGUCAAUGACUUGUGAUGUCUGAAUUAUCUAUUAUAUAGUGUUGCGCUUCUGCUUGACAAAGGGCUAUAAAUCAUUUUCCCUUUCUUGGU